AUGUUCUCACGACCAAGUCUCGAUAGCGUACUCGCCCUAGGCCUUGUUGUCACAGGCUCCCUUGUCAACGCUGGGCCCUGCGACAUCUACUCUUCUGGCGGCGCGCCAUGCGUUGCCGCGCACAGCACAACUCGCGCUUUAUACGACGCCUAUACCGGCGGACUCUACCAAGUGUCUCGUGGCUCUGAUGGUGCCACUGUCGACAUUACACCUCUGUCGGCUGGCGGUGUUGCCAAUGCCACCGCCCAAGACUCGUUCUGUGCCAGCACGACAUGUCUCAUCACCAUCAUUUACGACCAGUCCGGCCGCGGUAAUCACCUCACUCAGGCUCCACCUGGAGGUGCUGCAAGCGGUCCUGAUCCCAAUGGCUAUGACUACUUGGCCAGCGCUGUUGGCGCACCGGUCACGCUGAACGGUCAAAAGGCGUAUGGGGUCUUCAUCUCACCAUUCACUGGUUACCGCAACAACGCCGUCAGUGGUACUGCUACAGGCGACGAACCGCAGGGCUUGUAUGCGGUCUUGGAUGGGACUCAUUAUAAUACAGGCUGUUGCUUCGACUACGGCAAUGCUGAGGUCAACAGUCACGAUACAGGCAACGGCCACAUGGAGGCUAUCUACUUUGGCACCGGUGAUGGCUCCGGCCAUGGCACUGGCUCCGGCAGCGGUCCUUGGAUCAUGGCCGACCUCGAGAACGGUCUGUUCUCUGGUGUCGAUCCUAUCAAUAACCCGGCGGACCCGACCAUCUCCUCCCGGUUCGUAACUGCGGUUGUUAAGGGGGAGCCGAACCAGUGGGCGAUCCGCGGCGGUGACGCUACGUCCGGCUCCUUGUCGACGUUUUACAGCGGCGUACGCCCAUCCGGUGGUUAUAAUCCGAUGAGCAAGGAGGGUGCCAUUAUUCUUGGUAUCGGCGGUGACAAUAGUGAUAGCGCCCAGGGCACGUUCUACGAGGGCGUCAUGACCAGCGGUUACCCGUCUGAUGACACUGAGAAUUCUGUGCAGGCCAAUAUCGUAGCCGCUGGAUAUGCUGCCACAUCUCUAAAUAGUGGCCCAGAACUCACUGCUGGUUCCUCCAUCUCGCUGCGAGCCACAACAGCCUGCUGCACAACACGUUAUAUCGCCCAUACUGGCUCCACCGUCAACACCCAGGUUGUCUCGUCAUCCAGUAGCACCGCCCUUAAACAGCAGGCCAGCUGGACGGUUCGCACCGGCCUUGGCAAUAGCGCGUGUUUCUCUUUCGAGUCUAAUGACACUCCCGGCAGCUUCAUACGCCACUCUAACUACGAGCUUAUGGUUAACGCUAAUGAUGGCAGCAAGCAGUUCUCUGAAGACGCCACGUUCUGCUCGCAGGCCGGCCUCAAUGGCCAGGGCAACUCGAUACGGUCUUGGAGCUACCCAACCCGCUAUUGGCGCCAUUUCAACGCAUUGGGCUAUAUUGCGAGCAACGGUGGUCCUCAUUUCUUUGAUGCCGCUGCUUCAUUCAACGACGAUGUGAGCUUCGUGAUCAGCGCCGGUUUCGCCUGA